AUUGGACGUACUUCUCUGGAGUUUUUAGUGUUUCAGUUGUUUCUUUCUCAUCCAAAUCUGGAGCUUGCUACACUCUGCAGAUAAUGAACACUAGAAACCGAUCACUUGAUUGCGGUGCAUCAAGAGCAACACUAUCUUGGACGGCAGCAGCCUGGUUGAAUUUGUUAGAUUUAGAACUUUGGCAGAUUACAGCUCAAGUUCAUUUUCCUUAGAAUAUCAUGGCUGAGGACUCCAAUGCUCACGUUGCUGACGGUAUCAUUGAGGACAACAGUGAUCCAAAUACUCUAGAGGGCAUGCUCGAAGGCAACGAUCAACAUGAUCUUGUGGGCAUGAUAGAGGAAAGUGACCAGGAUCUAUUGAGAAGCCAAUGGAAAAUUCCGAUCUCUGUCUUCUUCAGAGAUGCAAGGCAUGUAUUCAAAAUGGAUGAACUUGGUCGAGAGAUAUUGAGGAUCGCUUUUCCCGCCGCCUUGGCUUUGGCUGACGACCCUGUCGCUUCCUUAAUUGACACUGCAUUCAUUGGUCGUUUGGGUCCAGUGGAGCUUGCAGCUGUAGGAGUUUCUAUUGCUAUUUUUAAUCAAGCUUCGAAGAUUACCAUAUUCCCUCUAGUCAGUAUAACAACUUCAUUUGUCGCCGAAGAAGAAACUGCUGGAAAAAAAUGUGCUGACUUGGAAGAAGAUGACAACCCUAAGAAAUGCUCAACUAAGAACAUAGAAAUGAAAGAGUUGAUGCCUGAUGAUGAAAUGCUUGAGAAAUUGGAAAGGGGUUCCACCAACAGCUGUGAAGUAAAAGAUUUAGUUCCAGCAGAAGAUUUUAUUGCAACUACAUGUAAGUCUCCUCCAAUAAUCAGUAGCAAAACAAAUAAAGCCAAAUUGAGCAAGGAAAGGCGACAUAUCCCUUCCGCGUCUACGGCACUAGUAAUUGGCGGGAUCCUUGGUAUCUUACAAACAUUGUUUCUUAUAUUUGGUGCUAAAGCACUCCUGGCUCUUAUGGGUGUGAAAUCUGGGUCUCCUAUGCUAACCCCUGCUAUAAGAUACUUGACAUUAAGAUCACUAGGGGCUCCUGCCGUUCUUCUUUCUUUGGCAAUGCAAGGCGUGUUUCGAGGUUUCAAGGAUACCAAAACUCCUCUCUAUGCCACUGUUGCAGGAGAUUUCACCAAUAUUGUCCUAGAUCCAAUACUUAUCUUUGUCUGCCAUUUGGGCGUCAGUGGUGCUGCAAUUGCGCAUGUUCUUUCUCAGUACUUAAUAUCUCUUAUUCUUCUAUGGAGGCUGAUGAAACAAGUUGAUCUCUUACCUCCGAAUCGUAAAGAUUUACAGUUUCGCCGAUUCUUAAAGAAUGGACUUCUUUUGUUGGCAAGGGUGAUAGCUGCCACAAUCUGUGUUACCCUUGCUGCCUCGAUGGCUGCACGGCUGGGUCCAACACCUAUGGCUGCAUUUCAAAUAUGCUUGCAGGUUUGGAUGACUUCAUCACUUCUUGCCGAUGGUUUGGCUGUUGCUGGACAGGCAAUCCUAGCAUGUGCAUUUGCAGAGAAAGAUUAUGAUAAGGCAACUGCAGCUGCGUCUAGGGUAUUACAGAUGGGAUUUGUUCUCGGACUGGGGCUUGCCGUGUUUGUUGGUGUUGGCCUGAGGCUAGGAUCUGGAGUAUUCUCAAGCGAUGUCAAUGUUCAACAUCUCAUUUUUGUGGGCAUUCCAUUUGUUGCCGCUACACAACCCAUCAAUUCCUUGGCUUUUGUCUUCGAUGGCGUCAAUUUUGGAGCAUCGGAUUUUGCCUACUCUGCAUAUUCCAUGGUUUUGGUCUCCAUUAUUAGCAUUGCUUCGGUAUUCCUUCUCUCUAAGAGUGACGGUUUUGUUGGAAUAUGGGUCGCUCUAACUAUAUAUAUGGGUCUUCGGACUCUUGCUGGUAUUUGGAGGAUGGGGACUGGGACUGGACCUUGGCGCUUUCUCAAGGGAGGACUUCUUCCAUAGCAUUUAUGAUAUCAAACUUACCUUGAAACUCUUCUUAGAUAGUCCACCCCAUUUCUACAACUCGUGUUUGUUAAUAAUUUCCAUAGAGGCCAUACAUCUCUUACAUUACACUUCGUCCUUCUUACUUGGUGGGUCUCCUAGUUUACCUACUCAGUAAUUGGAUGUUCUCUCUCUGUGCACGCGAGCACGCGUUCACAAUGCGUCCGAGUUGUACAGGAUGAAGCAUGGUCAUGCCUGCCUUUUUGUUUACCAUUUAGAACUUUUUACUGAAUGGAAGUUGUUUUCUUGGCGUAUGUGUUCUACUCAUUAGCGCUUUAGCAGAAACUGAGGAUAGAAAUAGGCCUACGUACCUUGAAC